GGAAGGGGCGGUGCGUUCGGGGUCCGCGUCGGGGUCGCGCGUCGGGCGCGCCGUGGCCCCGUCGGGGCGGCGGGAGCUGCGGAGCCGCCAUGGCGGACCUGGAGGCCGUGCUGGCCGACGUCAGCUACCUGAUGGCCAUGGAGAAGAGCAAGGCGGCGCCGGCUGCGCGCGCCAGCAAGAAGGUCGUCCUGCCGGAGCCCAGUAUCCGGAGCGUGAUGCAGAAGUAUCUUGCAGAAAGAAACGAAAUAACCUUUGACAAGAUUUUCAAUCAGAAAAUCGGCUUCCUGCUAUUUAAAGACUUCUGUUUGAACGAGAUCGACGAAGCCGUUCCUCAGGUGAAGUUCUAUGAAGAGAUAAAAGAAUACGAGAAACUGGACAACGAAGAGGACCGGCUGCGCCGGAGCCGGCAGAUGUACGAUGCCUACAUCAUGCGGGAGCUCCUGUCCUGCACACACACAUUCUCCAAGCAAGCUGUGGAACACGUCCAGAGCCAUCUCUCCAAGAAACAGGUGACAGCUACCCUUUUUCAGCCAUACAUCGAAGAAAUCUGUGAGAGCCUCCGAGGGGAUAUUUUCCAAAAGUUUAUGGAAAGUGAUAAAUUCACCAGGUUCUGUCAGUGGAAGAAUGUGGAAUUAAAUAUUCAUCUGACCAUGAACGACUUCAGCGUGCACAGGAUUAUCGGCCGAGGAGGGUUUGGGGAAGUUUACGGAUGCAGGAAAGCAGACACCGGGAAAAUGUACGCCAUGAAAUGCUUAGACAAGAAGAGGGUGAAGAUGAAGCAGGGAGAGACGCUGGCCCUGAACGAAAGGAUCAUGCUGUCCCUCGUCAGCACUGGGGACUGUCCCUUCAUUGUCUGCAUGACCUACGCCUUCCACACACCGGACAAACUCUGCUUCAUCCUGGACCUGAUGAACGGGGGCGACAUGCACUACCACCUCUCCCAGCACGGGGUGUUUUCUGAGAAGGAGAUGCGCUUUUACGCCAGCGAGAUCAUCCUGGGUCUCGAGCACAUGCAUAAUCGUUUCGUCGUCUACAGAGACCUGAAGCCUGCGAACAUCCUCCUGGAUGAAUACGGGCACGUGAGGAUAUCCGAUCUUGGCCUCGCCUGUGACUUCUCCAAAAAGAAGCCUCACGCCAGCGUGGGCACCCAUGGGUACAUGGCUCCCGAGGUGUUGCAGAAGGGAACAUCUUACGACAGCAGCGCUGACUGGUUCUCCCUGGGCUGUAUGCUCUUCAAGCUCCUGCGGGGCCACAGCCCUUUCCGACAGCACAAAACCAAAGACAAGCAUGAGAUAGACCGCAUGACCCUGACAGUGAAUGUGCAGCUUCCGGACGCCUUCUCCCCGGAGCUGAGGUCCCUCUUGGAGGGUUUGCUGCAGCGGGACGUGAGCCGGCGGCUGGGCUGCGGCGGAGGCGGGGCACAAGAGGUGAAGGAGCACAUCUUCUUCAAGGGCAUUGACUGGCAGCAUGUGUACUUACGGAAGUACCCGCCACCGCUAAUCCCUCCUCGGGGAGAGGUCAACGCUGCCGACGCCUUUGAUAUCGGCUCAUUUGAUGAAGAGGACACCAAAGGCAUUAAGCUGCUGGACUGCGACCAGGACCUCUAUAAGAACUUCCCACUGGUGAUCUCUGAACGCUGGCAGCAGGAAGUGGUGGAGACCAUCUACGACGCCGUCAAUGCUGAUACGGAUAAAAUCGAGGCCAGGAAGAAGGCUAAAAAUAAGCAGCUUGGUCAGGAGGAAGAUUAUGCCCUGGGGAAGGACUGCAUCUUGCACGGGUUCAUGCUGAAGCUGGGGAACCCCUUUCUCACGCAAUGGCAGAGGCGCUACUUUUACCUGUUCCCCAACAGACUAGAGUGGAGAGGAGAGGGCGAGUCUCGGCAAAAUUUACUGACCAUGGAUCAGAUCCUGUCUGUGGAGGAGACCCAGAUUAAAGACAGGAAAUGCAUUUUAUUCAGAAUAAAAGGAGGGAAGCAGUUUAUCCUGCAGUGCGAGAGUGACCCCGAGUUUGCACAGUGGUUGAAGGAGCUGACCUGCACCUUCACGGAGGCCCAGAGGCUGCUACGCCGCGCUCCCAAGUUCCUCAACAAACCUCGCACCACCAUCCUGGAGUUCUCCAAGCCACCGCUGUGCCACAGAAAUAGCAGCGGCCUCUGAACCACAGAGCAGCAGGGGCCUGCAGCAGGGGCCUCGGCUCUUCAGCCCGGGAGUGGAAAUGGAGCCAUGGGAACCGCCCUGUGGGGCUAAGACACAGCGCUUCUGAGCACAGGGCUGCUCCAGGCUGGGGAUGCCCACGACACCGAGAUGGCCCUGCAGGAGAUGGGACAUCUUCUGGGCUGGCCUGUCCGCACUCGAAAUUACUGAAGAGGCAGAAGGCGUUUUUUUCCGUGCACCCACUUACCUUGGUAUCCAUGGCCUCAGAACGUGAAAUGACCCUUACCGCUCCAGCUGGCUUCAAGCGUACCCAGGGUGGGACCACAGUGUCUGGGGCUGCGGGUAGCCUGUCCUAGGCACUGAUGUAUCUGAGUGCCUACCCAAAGUUUGGGGCUUCAGUAGCCUAGGGUCUCUGUAGAUCAGGGAUAACCUCCUGGCUGUCCCUGGGUGAUGAGGUAACACCGAACACCAUGUGCACUGCCUUCCUCCGAUGGCUCUGCUCCAGGGAUGCCAGUCCGAGAGCAGAGGUAGGAAUGUCCCCUUGUGGAACUGCCAUGGCAUCCAUCAUGGCUACUUCUGGUCAACAUGACCGGAGGAGAUGCCCCAGGACUUCAAGUCAAGCCAGGAUGUAGGUAACCCACCAGGCAGUCCGUGCACGAGCUUGGGGUCUCCAGGACGGGCAGGUCUAUGACAGAGUCCUGCUCCCUCUGCCUGGCCUGGGUAGCAUAGCCAAGGAUGUGCCCCAGGCAGAACAGGGUUGCUGCCUUUCCCUUCAGUAUAAUUUAUAAUGAACUCACGCUGAUGGGUGACGGUGUGCAGCGGUCCCCUGUGCACCCUGGCAUGCCCCACAUCCUUCAGCCAUGAAUGUGCUGUGCACUGGGUUAUUCUGACUUGGGCGGCAGAACCCUUCCCCUAAAGGUUACUUCUCCCACUGCUGCCCCGAGUCAGCGCUGGGUCCCCAGGUCACCACACUGAAACAGGAAGUCCUCGAAGGUCUCUGCGGACUUGUCCCGUUCCUGGGGACUGUGUUACAGAGUUUCUAGAUAAACUGCUGAGCACAUAAAGAAAGCUGGCAUUGAAA